AUGGAACAAAUUUUAAGGACUGGAAAAGAGAACAUGGAAAUUGUUCUUGGCUGCAUGGAUCUUGACCUUGCACUAAGGGUGGAGAAACCUGCUUCUCCUACGGAAUCUAGUACCUCUGAACAGAGGAAAGAUUAUGAGAAGUGGAAUCGCUCCAAUCGCAUGAGUCUUAUGAUCAUUAGGCGCGGCAUUCCUGAGGUCUUUAGCGGUACUAUCUCGGAAGAGAUAAAAGGUGCAAAAGAUUUCCUUGCUGAAAUUGAAAAGCGCUUUGCAAAAAGCGAUAAGGCGGAAACAAGUACUCUUCUUCAGAACUUGAUUUCCAUGAAAUAUCAGGGCAAAGGAAAUAUAAGGGAAUACAUUAUAGGCAUGGCAAAUAUUGCUUCAAAGCUUAAGGCGCUUAAGCUUGAGCUGUCGGAUGACUUGCUCAUUCAUUUAGUAUUGUUUUCUCUUCCUGCACAAUUCAGUCAGUUUAAGAUAUCCUAUAACUGUCAAAAUGAGAAAUGA